AAUAUACACCAUGAAGUACCUCCUCAGCAUGACCUUGCUGUUGGCCAUUGGGCUCCAGCAGAUCGAUGCCCACGGCAUGAUGCUGUCCCCACCCAGUCGCUCAUCCCGCUGGCGUUAUGAUGGAUCCGCUCCCCAAAACUGGAACGACAACGAACUCUUCUGCGGCGGUUUGUAUACCCAGGCCAACAACGGAGGUCGUUGUGGUCUGUGCGGAGACAACUUCUCUGAGGGUCAGCCACGUGCCAACGAGAUUGGAGGUUCUAUCGGAGGUGCCGGUGUGGUAACCAGGAGCUACGUGGCCGGUAAUGCCAUCACCGUGGGCGUUAAGAUCACCACCAAUCACUUGGGCUACUUUGAGUUCCAUCUGUGCAAUCUUGAUGCCUUCGGUGGCGAGUCUGAAGAGUGCUUCGAGCAGAACCGUUUGCGUUUCCCCGAUGGCAGCGAUCAGUUGAAUAUUGGACAACAGAGUGGCGAAUUCGAUGUUACGAUUGUGCUGCCAGAGGGUGUUACCUGCGAUCAUUGCGUCCUUCGAUGGACCUAUACGGGUGCCAACAACUGGGGCAUCUGCGAUGACUCCGGCAACGGAGCCUUGGGCUGUGGCCCCCAGGAAACCUUCAAGAACUGCGCCGAUGUAAGCAUCAACUGGGGCCGCAACCUGGUCAAGGAGUUGGUCAGUGGUGGCCUGCCCGUGGCUCCCAUUGAAGUUGUCUAGGAAUCCUAACAACAAACUAUGAACUGCCAUUUAAGUCUGAAAGUGCUAAAAGCCAAAUAGUCAGCCAAAGUUAAAAAUAAACAUAAA